AUGGAUAAAACACUUCAAAAUGACAUUAAAUUUAUAUUUGGGAUUGGAGAACUUAAUGAAAGAGUGCUUAUGACAGAAGUAAUUCCAUUUAAAUAUUCUACCGAUUACUAUUGUAUAAAAUUCCCUGUUCAUUUGGAUUCCAAUGACUAUAAAAUUUUUGGAAAGCUUGUAACGCAAAAUGGUGAACCAAUUGAUAUAGCUAUCAAGUUCCAAUCUUUGAGUCUAACUGGAUUUUCAAUAAUAAUCGAAAAUUUCAAUACAAAUAAUAAAAAGUUUACAGAUUCACAAGUAAUUUGGAUGAUGAUUAGAAUACCCUCUAAGAUUGGAUUUUAUAGUAUACACACACGAAAUAUCCCUGUAUUGGCUUUAGGUAGUCACUCAUUCAAGUAUGAAAAUAAUCAUCAUGAAUAUAAGUUGCAUGUUCUGCAAGAGUUGCCAGAAGCCUCUGUUAUCUGUUUAUCCAUCUUGUAUCCUUCAUUGUGUUAUGGAAUGAAAUUUACUAUUCAGGAUGACAAUAACAAUGGCAGUGAAAUUAGCAUAGUAAUCAAUGAGAACAAAAGAGAAAACGUACAAGAUUCUAAUAUUGAUAAUGAAGAAGAAAUCAGCAGCGAAAAAGAUGACAAG